GGAGGCGGCGCGGUCGGAGCCUCCCAGCGGGACGCGCCUUCCCCCUUCCCCGCAGCCCGCCCGCCUGCCCGCAGGAGGAGAAGCGGGGCGAUGAAGAAGGACGUGCGGAUCCUGCUGGUGGGGGAACCCAGAGUUGGGAAGACGUCACUUAUUAUGUCCCUUGUCAGUGAAGAAUUUCCUGAAGAGGUUCCUCCACGAGCAGAAGAAAUCACGAUCCCAGCGGAUGUUACUCCAGAAAGAGUGCCAACCCAUAUAGUGGAUUAUUCAGAAUUUGAGCAAAGCGACGAACAGCUCCAUCACGAAAUAUCACAAGCAAAUGUAAUAUGCAUAGUAUAUGCCGUUAACAACAAGAACUCAAUUGAUAAGGUGACAAGCCGAUGGAUACCUCUCAUCAAUGAAAGAACAGACAAGGAUAGCAGAUUGCCUCUUAUACUGGUUGGGAAUAAAUCGGAUCUGGUGGAAUACAGCAGUAUGGAAACCAUCCUUCCUAUCAUGAACCAAUACACAGAGAUAGAAACUUGUGUAGAGUGUUCAGCGAAGAACUUGAAGAAUAUUUCUGAGCUGUUCUAUUAUGCACAGAAAGCGGUUCUGCAUCCUACAGGGCCCUUGUAUUGUCCAGAAGAAAAAGAGAUGAGACCUGCCUGUAUAAAAGCCUUAACUCGGAUCUUCCGGAUUUCAGAUCAAGAUAAUGACGGCACCCUUAACGAUGCAGAACUCAACUUCUUUCAGCGGAUCUGUUUCAACACGCCUUUGGCGCCUCAGGCUCUGGAAGACGUGAAGAAUGUCGUUCGGAAAAACCUGAGUGAUGGCGUUGCAGAUAAUGGAUUGACGUUAAAAGGCUUUCUUUUUCUACACACGCUUUUUAUUCAGCGAGGAAGACAUGAAACAACUUGGACAGUAUUGCGGCGUUUUGGAUACGAUGAUGAUCUCGAGCUCACACCAGAGUAUUUAUUUCCUGUGUUAAAAAUACCUUCUGACUGCACAACGGAAUUGAAUCACCAUGCAUAUCUGUUUCUUCAAAGCAUUUUUGAUAAACAUGAUUUGGACCGAGAUUGUGCUUUGUCUCCUGAUGAACUCAAAGAUUUGUUUAAAAUUUUCCCUUACAUGCCCUGGGGACCUGAUGUCAACAACACUGUUUGUACAAAUGAAAGGGGCUGGAUAACAUACCAGGGAUUUCUGUCUCAAUGGACAUUAACGACGUACUUGGAUGUGCAGCGCUGCCUUGAGUACUUGGGCUAUUUAGGAUAUUCGAUAUUAACUGAACAGGAAUCGCAGGCGUCAGCAAUUACAGUGACUAGAGACAAAAAGAUUGACCUACAGAAAAAACAAACUCAGAGGAACGUGUUCAGGUGUAAUCUCAUUGGGAUGAAAGGCUGUGGGAAAAGUGGGGUCCUCCAGGCGUUACUCGGGAGAAACCUCAUGAGACAGCAGCAAAUACGCCCGGACCACAAGUCCUAUUAUGCAAUUAAUACCGUCUAUGUGUAUGGCCAAGAAAAAUACUUAUUGUUGCAUAAUGUGGGUGAAUCUGACUUCUUGAGUGAUGCUGAGACCAUAUGUGAUGCAGUGUGUCUAGUUUAUGAUGUCAGCAAUCCCAAGUCCUUUGAAUACUGUGCCAGGAUUUUUAAGCAACACUUCAUGGACAGCCGAGUCCCUUGCUUAGUGAUAGCUGCCAAGUCAGACCUGCAUGAAGUUCGGCAACAAUAUGGCAUUUCUCCAGCGGACUUCUGCAAAAAACACAAAAUGCCUCCACCACAAGCCUUCUCUUGUAACACUGUCGACGCACCCAGCAAGGACAUCUUUGUUAAACUGACAACGAUGGCCAUGUAUCCCCAUGCCCGGUUACGCUGUAUGUGCACCUGCAACAGGUGUACGUUUUGCAUCUGUCAGAACCUCCUCAACUCAGACUUGCUGCAAUCUGUAAAGAACAAACUCUUCACUGCAGUUCUUAACAGGUGUCCUUUUUCAUUUGUCUGGCUGGCACUUAGUCUCUUCUUACUUCACUCAUGUUCCUCUUGUUAAAAAUGGCAUUUCUGUGUGAGCUGUUCUAAUUCAUCUUGUGUGUGUCUUCAUCCCAUCAGCUUGGUUGUUUCUUUUUGAUCAUCUGCAUGCCCUAUGAUUGAUGGAGACUGUUGUGGGGGUUUUUUGCCUCUGCUUGAAAUAAUUAAUUCUUCUUGUGUAGUUAGCAGCAUUUUACUUUGGCUUGAUGCCCUUAGUAGUUGCAUCUCCAUAUGAAAGUGGGAAUUUUUCGUUAGGGAGAUUUUCAGAAAAAGCAAGGUUAGCAAACUUUUGAAGUGUUUCUUUGCUAAAUUCCACGGGAAUGAGCUGCAAUACAAAAUGCAUGAGAGGAAUAAAGAAAUUGCACAGAAUCAGGGUCUCAGCAGUUUGUACGGAGUAUGAGCUAUUCCAAAGUGUGCCUUCUCAGAUUGCCAGCUAAAUAAUCUUGCAAAGCUGCCCCUCUGUCAUAAUCCGAACAAAUUAUAUGAGAUUGGCUUCUGUUCUGUCUUGUAAAUUGGAAGGAGGUCGCAGUUGUUUGCUGUGGCUUUUCCUUUUGAUUCUACGGGAGAUCGAGCCCCCUGCAAAGAGGCACAGACCUGCAAUUGGACUGUACAGGACGGCUUAACACACUUGUGCCAGUCACUGUUGAGUGGUCGGGCCCCGUGUGUGUGUUUGCAAGGCUGUGGUUAAUGCCGCCUUCAUCGGUGAGUUUUCUUUGUGGCUGUUAAGCUGAUGGAGCCACUCCACAUGACUGGGCAAGACUUACUCUGUCUUAGGUUUCUGAAGAGCAUAAUUAAGCCUGUGCAGUUGUCAUUCUUUGGUUGAUCUGUCCCUGGAAAGGACCAAGAGUGAACUCCGUAACAGGUUGAGCUUCAUGUUAUUUAGGUCACACUUAAUUCAGAUGGAUUCAUAAUUAUGUACACCUAAGUGUGCAAUGCAGAAUCACAAACACAUAAGAGAAAGAACUAGUUAUAAUUUCUUACAUUUAUAUUUCUCCUUUCCUCCAUCCUGGGCUUCAAAGAGGCAUACAUGGGAUUUCCCAGAACACUGACAAUUCCAACACUGGACCAGACCCCUUAGGUUGUGCCAGGGGUCUGUGCCACAUGCCCUCUGGCCGUAUGCAGGGCACAUCUUUUCCGUUUCUGUUUUAGAACAAUCCCAGCCCUUAAUACUCAAACACACUCUUCAAAUUGCAUUGAUUUCAAAUGGGAAAAUGAUGCAAGAACUCCAGGUAGGGAAUCUGUCAAGAACACAAAUGCAAUUUCCCUUCUUCAGAGAGUUUGGGGGAGUAGGAGAAGUUUUUGAAAGGGAGGGAAAUAAAUAAACAUCUCUGGGUCACAACCAUUCCAUUGACUAACUUUUAGUCAGAACAUACUAAUCUGUUGUCAGAAUCCAUUAGGUGUGUUACUGUUUGCAUCUCAUGGAAACUGUACCAGAAUUCGGCCUAGAAUUUGUUCAAGUGAACUGCUGUCUAACUUGCUACGCGUACAGCUGGUAGGUUUGCAUAGCGGCAGGUUAGUGAUGUGGUUUUCUGCUAUUUUAAAAUUCUGCACAUAAAUAGCAUGCAAGAAUUUCGGAGCCUUGAUGCAUCUCUUGCUGCCUAAAAACUUGAGGAGAGGAGAGCAUUGAGCGCAGCUCCUCGCAGCCAUCUGGCCGUCUCGGCUUCUGGGAGUCUUGCCUCUUUGUGGCCAAGAGCAUCAAGUUUCCCAUGCAAAACUCAGUUGUACUCAGUUACCGUUAAGAUGAACCCUUCACUGGUUGCUUGGAGAGAAAUUGGGCCAGUGUUUUUGUGGCCCCUGAAGUAACUGAUGAUGAAUCCACAAAGUAAAGUUAAGAGGACAGUUUUUUCCUCGUAAAGAGUAUUCUUUUUUGCUGCACGAUUUCAAAAAUGUCAUCUUAACUCUAUACCUUAGUAAAUGCUUGCAUGCCUGCUGGUUUUUCACCCUUUAGUCCUUUAAAAAAACUAGCAUAACUUAUUACUGUGGACUAGACCAAAUUUACACACUGAGUUAAAAGUAGAAAGAUUAGAUAAGUUUUAUCAAGGAAGGCCUUUUAAAAAAAAUUAGAUGUAUUUAUUACUAUUUCAGUGAAGUAUAAUUGCUUAUUGUAAUUAUAUAUUCACUUCAGAGUUAUUUUUCAGGUCACUUUGCAAGUUAAUAGGUGCUCUGAGUAAAUAAAAUGCAGGAAUCUAAUUUGGUACUGAUAUGAGAGUGAGUUAUUAUAACCUCUUUAGUCAUAUUGUAAACGCCGUUGAAAAACCUUUCUUGCUUGUCCAGUAUGGAUUAGUCACUUUCAGUAAUUGCAAAUGGAGAACUAAAACAUCAUCUAGCUAGUGCCUUGCUUUCCGUUUUGACACAGUGAUGGGAUUUUUAGAAGGGGAAUACAGCCCAUAAUUCCUUUGGCAGAUCUGUCAGCAGCAUUGGUGUACUUUCACCUCUUUUAUGCCUCCAUUGUUGGCAUGCCUGUGCGGGCACUCUUUUAAAUACCCAGUUCCAGAAGAGUAUAAAGCUAAACUAGAGAAUCGCUUUUCUAAGAGCUUAGUGUAGAAGUAAAGUAGCAGGUACCCGUGGCUUAGCCCUAUGCUCUGACUUCCACACCUGCUCAUGAACUCUGUGUGGCACACGUGGGCACACGAUGUAGAAGCAGUCUGAAGGACAGAAAUUCUGGAGUAUUAAGAAUGGGUUGGUAGAUGCUUUUAAUACUGAUUUAUGAAUAUUGAAAAGCUACUCAUAUCUAAGUGUGUUCCAGAUAGGAUUUUUUUCUCAUUAAAUCUGGAAAGUGCAAAUUCUUAUGAAUAAUUCAAGAUAGUCCAUUGUUUUAUUUAAUUUUACAACGUGUAUCUCUUUUUUGUAAAAAGUUAUUUCCUUAAAAUUAAAGUACGUACCUUAAAAUAAUGGAGGUGGGGGGGAUUGAAGCCCCCCUCAUUCUAGCCAGCGUACUAUAAUUAAGUGUGUCUGUGGUAUACUGAGAGACAACACAAAAGCUGCAUUUUCAUGUCACUAGCAGUUGCUUUGGGGUUUUUUGGCUGUGGAUGGCUUUAUAUUUGUAUUUCCUCUCAAUUCAUAAUGAAGUUUCAUGUGCUACUUUAUUAACAGGCAUAUAAGAGUAAAAGAUCUCUUAGUUAAAAAUAGAUUAGUAGCUAAGUGUCAGCCGUGUUGUGUGUAAUUUGCUGUUUUGAGUCCUGCUGUGAACCUGCCAACUGUGUGCGUGUGAAAAGGUUGA